ACCAAAGCAGCGGUGUUCAAAUCCCAGUCCUCCAGGUCCGACCGAUUUUCCACUAUUCUCUUACUUGAGAGUUACAUUAAUCAUUUAAUCAACUAAAAGCGAGUACAACCUACACCAUCGGAUUUGGAUUCGAGGUCCAGAUUUGAAUACCACUGACAUAAAGACUCUAGCGUCAGAGAACAAGGUACGGAGCGCACCAACAUGACAGAGUUCUGGAAGGAGCAUUCCCAGAGUGCAACAGUCGAGGAGAUGAUGCUGGACUCCAAUGCCCAGCAGCUCACGCAAUACGAGCUCCCCGAGAUACUGGAGCUGCUGCCCAGCUUGGACGGCCUGGACGUCCUGGAGCUGGGAGCCGGCAUUGGGCGCUACACAAGUCACCUCAUUGGCAAAGUGAAUCAUGUGACAGCUGUAGACUUUAUGGAGAACUUUGUGGAAAAGAACAGAAAAGACAACAGUCACCUUGGCAAUGCAAAGUUCAUUCAAGCUGAUGUCACACAACUAGAGCUGGCAAAAAGCAGUUUUGACUUGAUCUUCUCUAACUGGCUUCUGAUGUAUCUGAGUGAAGAAGAACUGAUCUCAUUGGAAAAGAAGAUGCUGUCUUGGCUCCGCCCAGGAGGUUACCUCUUCUUCAGAGAGUCCUGCUUCCACCAAUCAGGAGAUUGUAAGAGAGAUUUUAACCCCACCCACUACCGUACACCUGCUCAUUAUAACCACCUGAUGACAUCUGUGACAUGGGAGGAGUCUGGAGAACAGGGCAUUCACAUCUACGGCUUUGACACCAUCCUCAGCAGAAAUGUGCACACCUACAUCAAGAUGAAGAAGAACCAGAACCAGGUGUGCUGGCUGAUGCAGAAGGCUCGUCGGGACGUGGUCCAGCAAAGCCAGGGUGGCUUCAGCACCUUCCAGCAGUUCCUGGACAACCAGCAGUACUCUCGCAAGGGCAUCUUGCGCUAUGAGAAGAUGUUCGGCUCCGGCUAUGUCAGCACUGGCGGACCCAGCACCACCAAGGAGUUUGUUGACCUGCUGAAUCUGAGGCCAGGUCAAAAGGUUCUUGACGUGGGCUGUGGAAUAGGGGGGGGGGAUUUCUACAUGGCCAAGAACUUUGGGGUGGAGGUUUUGGGAAUGGACCUUUCAGCAAACAUGGUGCAGAUUGCCAUGGAGAGGGCAGUGCAGGAGAAUGCCCCGCUGGUGCAGUUCGAGGUGUCGGACGCUACUAAGAGAAAUUUUCCACAGAAGUCCUUUGACGUAGUAUACAGCAGAGACACUAUUCUACACAUCAGUGACAAGCUUGAGCUCUUCAGAAAGUUUCAUACAUGGUUGAAGCCAGGUGGUAAGGUCCUAAUCAGUGAUUACUGCUGUGGACAAAAGCCUUGGACUCCGUCUUUCCAGGACUACGUUAACCAGAGAGGCUACAUCCUGUAUACACCACAGAAUUAUGGCAAGGUCUUGGAAGAGGCAGGGUUCAGUGAUGUGAGAGCUGAAGACAGAACUGCCCAGUUCAUUGAAGUGAUAAAAGAUGAGCUGAAGAGGGCAGAGAGGAUUAAGGAUGAAUUUAUACAGGAGUUUUCCCGGGAGGAUUAUGAAGCCGUUGUAAAUGGCUGGACAGAAAAGCUUCAGAGAUGUGAGGCUGGAGACCAGCGCUGGGGACUCUUCUAUGCAACCAGGUCCUGAGAGAAAAAAGCGGAAGAGAGACGCCAUUGGGUGGGAGGGUGACGCUACCCAGUCUGCUGAAGAUUUUAGUUCAAAUGUCAAUAGUUGAAUAAAGCUAAUUUUGCAUUUUUACUGUAGCAUUCUAUAAAUUGGAAGAGAAAAAGAAAAUUAUCGUUUUGAGAUGAUGUUCUGUUUUGAAUGCUUGGUUAUUUUGGGAAAAAAUACAGUGGUAUGCAGAAGUAUGAAGCCUUAAAAGUAUUAAGCUUGUGAAUUUAGAAAAUGAAUAUGUAAUAUUUGAGAAUAUGACAGUUUUGGCUGAUGAGUGGCAAGUGUAGAAUAAGAAAUAAAAUAAAACGUGAUUAUCAA